AUGGAGGCAUUGGAAGACGUAUAUAAUAAGAUAAAAAGUAUUUAUACUUCAAAUUCUUCAUCUGAGAAAAUUAGUGUUCUGAAGCAAAAGCUUACAGGAUCGCUGAAAUCUCUUGAUUAUGCACUCGACUGUUAUGAGACCUCACGAAUUGCUAUGUCAUUUAAUGGAGGAAAGGAUUGCCUCAUGUUAUUGUUGCUGUGUAUAUACUGUUUAAGGGAAAAAUACGGCCCCUCUCUGGCAAAACAGAAGUUAUCAGAAAUACCCUUCGUGUUUGUACGACCAAAAGAUGAAUUUCAUGAAAUGGAUGAAUUCGUUCAAAAUUGCCAAGACCUUUACGGUCUUAACAUUAUUAGGAUUUCCCUUCCUAUGAAAGACGCAUUCACGCUUUUCCUUAAGGAUAACCCAAAUAUCGAAGCAAUACUUAUCGGAAUUCGUCGAUUAGAUCCUCACGGCAUGAACCGCAUUGCUUUUGAGAUGACCGACAAAGGAUGGCCGAAGUUCAUGCGAGUUCAACCAAUCUUAGACUGGACAUACUCGGAAGUCUGGGACCUUUUACUGGAAACUAAAACCAAAUACUGUACAUUAUACGAUAACGGAUAUACCUCCCUAGGUGGUAUUUCCGAUACAUCUCCUAACCCUGCUCUUAUGAAUGAAGACGGAUCUUAUUCUCCUGCUCAUUUACUUUCGGAUGAUUCAUUGGAACGAUUUGGACGUAAUCGAAGCAUCUCUUUUCAAAGGACCAACUCUCGUUAUUUGUAUGAGAGUGGUGCCUCAUCAUAUGCCCCAUCUGAAGUUUCUUAA